AUGAACUGUCUGAAGAUCUGCGGCUUUGUCUUUGCGCUGAUUGCGGCUCUGACGACGGCAGAGGCUGCUACCCAAGUCUUGAAUGCUGGCGGACACACACUGAUUCAAACGGAUCGCUCUCAGUACAUUCGCAAAAACUAAAAAACCUCAAACCCUUACAAAAUGAUUCAACAAAUAAAAAUUAUUUAAAAAUUGAAAUCA